CACGCGGUCACAUCGUCUGUGAGAAAACUCGUGAAGUUUGUUACAAAAAGAAGGAAGAUACAAAAAUAAGAAAUAUAAAAAAAAGAAAAACAUUUUAAUAAUUGCAGCAGUGCGUAAACAAGUAAAAAUAAACAAAUAUGUCGAUGUUCGGUGCGUUAAUGGGCGACAUCGAUGAUGAUCUCGGAUUCAUGAACAACCACAUGAACCAUCACAUGAAUGCAAUGAAUAUGCAGAUGCGUUCGAUGAAUCGCUUGAUGAACAGCUUUAUGCCGGAUCCGUUCAAUAUGCUGGCUCCGUCGCCAUUCGAUGCCGGCUUCCAGCAGGGAGCGUUGAUGGAUCGCAGCCAACAGGCGAUGGCUCCCAUGGGCGGUGGCUUGUUUGGCUUCCCAGCCAUGCCUAAUUUUAAUCGUUUGCUUAAUGCCGACAUUGGAGCCAAUAAUGGAGCUUCAUUUUGCCAAAGCACCGUGAUGACCAUGUCCUCGGGUCCCGACGGUCGUCCACAGAUCUAUCAGGCCAGUUCGAGCACCAAGACGGGUCCUGGUGGAGUGCGCGAGACACGCAAAACCGUACAGGAUUCACGUACGGGCAUGAAAAAGAUGGCCAUUGGUCAUCAUAUUGGCGAACGGGCCCACAUCAUUGAGAAGGAGCAGGAUUUGCGCUCCGGCCAGCUGGAGGAGCGUCAGGAGUUUAUCAAUCUGGACGAGGAGGAGGCAGAGCAAUUUGAUCGCGAAUUCACCACACGUGCCACACGUGGUAUUAUGCCACAUGGCAACGGUGGAAUGCAGGCUAUCACGGCUGGUCCGGCUGCUAACAAUUCGACGCUGACCAUUGAGCCGUUAGAUGACGACGACGAUGAUGAUGAUUGUGUGAUCCAGGAGCCAACACGCUCCGCCGGCCGUCAAUUGCCCGCUCUGCCAGCGACGCCAAUAGCACCGCAUACCAGCGACACUGCAGCAGCAGCAACAACGUCGCCCCGCCGCGUCACCGCAACAACAACAGCAGCAGCAGCGAAUUCGCCUCCUGUCUACGACCUAACAAACAACAACAACAUCUAUCAUUAUGUCAAUGCUUCAUCAUCGCGUCGAGCGUAUUUACGCAAUGGUCAGCAUUUGGCCACGCCCCGUCGCCCACUACGUACGCCGUCAUCGUCACCGCUGGCCACCGUUUCCAGUGUUAGUCACAGCAUUGCCGCAACGCCAAGCAUACAUCCACAUCCCUAUGCGGCAAAUCAUGUAGCCGCUCGUCGCCAGCAGCGUCUGAAGCAUCAUCAUCACCAGCAAUCCAAUUCCAACUCUAGUUCCAAUGGAGGUGAGGAUGCGAAUGAGCCACGUCUCAAAUCGGCCAAGCGAAACAAGCCUCAAUAAUCGGAUAUGGGGAAAUUAAACACACACACACAUACCUAGAUACCCACCACACACGCAUACACACACACAGAUGUAGACAGUUAUAAUUUAGCAGCCGCCCCCAAUUGCAAAGCAUCCACACUACUAGUACGUUUAUCGAUAAACGAUUACAAUGCUUAAUAACAUAGCAACAACAUAAUGACAGAAUUGAAUAUGCAGUUUCGCGUGCUUCUCCACAAAUUGAAAAUGACAAAAUAUUUGAUGUGGUUUUUCGCACGCAAAUCUGCCAAACAAAAAAGAAACCAAUCUAUAUCAAUAUAGUUUUUUUUUUGUGUUUCCAUUUCAGGCAACUGUUGACACACACACACACCCACACACUCAGACACACUCUUAAAACUGUUAAUGCAAAUUUUUAGUUGUAUUAAAGAUUAAAGAAACUAUUGAAUAAUAUUGAAAGCACUAAGCUUAAGUUUUGCAUAUAAAAUAUUCAACGAGAAUUUAGUUUGUUUUUUCGAAAUAAGUAAGCUUUACAUUUUGCAGAGACAAAUUUGAAAAAAAAGAACGGAAACUAAACUAUAAAAUCCCAAAUAUGCAUAUGUAAUUAAUUAUAAGGCAAUGAGCGUAAAUGUUAAUGUGAAUUUAAUUAAACGAAAAUAUACAUUACAAACACGUAGUCAAGUUA